AUGCACUAUUUACGCUCUGUGCUGGAAGGGGGCUGUAGCAGUCAAAAUACUGCUGUGGGAUACCCGUGUCAAAUACUUGGACGCCUUGUAAACAGUGAGAGUGAGCUUAGCGAUCUGUUGCGUAAUGGUUUCUUUCUCUUAACAUAUCGCUCAGACUUUGAUCCACUCCCGGGAUCUAAUGUUACUUCUGAUAAAGGUUGGGGUUGUCUGGCACGCUCCUCACAGAUGCUACUCGCCCAAGCAUUAAGCCGCUAUUCAGCAAGUGAUUUCAAAUUGGAGUACUUUCGAGAUAUUGAUUCUGUAGAGAAAGCCCCCUUUUCACUGCAUAGUAUGGUACAGGCGACGUUAAAGAGUUCAGAUACAUUUAGUCCAAAGUAUUGGUCACCUAGUAAAGGUUGUGAGGCAAUUCGAUGUUGUGUUAAUGAAGCACUUGACCGACGAAUUUUGUCUCGUCCUAUGAGUGUUGUGAUUAGCUCCAAUGGAUCUAUAUCUGCUAAGGAAGUGGAAUCACAGUUGGAGGAAAAAGGAGCUGUAUUGAUUUUAACUCCAUUGCGGUGUGGGGCAUCUCGACUGAUGACACAAAUGAUGUUUUUCGCAUUGGAACAUAUUCUUCAUUCUUCUUCGUGUAUUGGCGUGGUGGGAGGUGUGCCCAAUCGUAGUUAUUACGUUAUCGGAAGCUGGGGUCAACGUCUCUUGUAUCUUGAUCCGCAUUGCAUGACUCAGAAGGCUCUAGUUUCGUGUGAUGCGAAUGAUGCGGGAGUUGUGAUGGCAACACCAAGUCUAGUGAGAUCUGUACGGUGGGACUCUGUUGAUACAUCAUUCUUUUUUGGUUUUUUUUUGGAUUCGGCUUCCCAAUGGCAGGAACUGCGCGGUCGUGUGGAGGAUGUGAGGAAACGCUCCAUGGAACAACUGUUUUUCAUAAAUGAUGGUGAGAUGCCAAGCGCGACUCCAAGUAUGUUAGUAGAGUGGCCUAGUGAUGAUGAUGCUUCUGAGCGAUAA